UCUAAUUGUUUUUCCCCCGAAAAUCCUAUAAAGUUACAUGAACACUUACGGUUUGUCAUAUUUUCUGCCGUUUCCUGAGAGAAGUUGAUACUUUGCUGCCAUGUACCUGAGAGAAAUAGCCCUUCUUCUGUUGGUCCGCUCGUGUUUUCUGUUACCUGUGGACUACGACGUCACAGCACCUGAACAAAACCUGGGAGCAGUUCAAAUUCAGACCAAUGGUCAUAUUGAACAUCUGAUGGAUGGGGAAACAUUGGUUGAAGGGGAUAUCAUUAAAAAUCACCAAAAAUCAGCAGUUCAUCAUUUUCAAAUGAGAAUGGCGGUAACAGGUGUCAACUUAGUGUGGACUGGGCGGAUAAUUCCAUACAUCAUCGAUACCACGGGAUAUUCAGUUACAGAACUCACUGCUAUAAAAAAUGCAUUGGGCAAAAUGGCGUCCCUUCUCCAAGACUGUAUAACAUUCAAACCAAGGCAACAAGAGAACGAUUACCUCAGAAUCCAGAGAGGCCACGGCUGUUACAGCUCCGUGGGUAGACAGGGAGGGGAACAGAAGGUAUCACUGGGCCCCGGAUGUACGGAGCGUACCGGAACCAUAUACCACGAACUGAUGCACGCGCUGGGAUUCUGGCACGAGCACACACGCCCCGACAGGGAUAGAUAUAUCGUGCUCAACAAAACCAACAUCAUUGACACUCAUGUAUCUGAUUUCGAGAAAAUGAAUGAAGACGAAGUGACGAUACUAGGGGACUACGACUACACGUCUGUCAUGCAUUACUCUCCUAUCACCUUCGCCAAAGACAAAGUGAACCCUAAGGGGAGGGUGUUUACCAUCAACAGAACUUGGAAUAAUCCGUUCCCAGAGAGCCAGGAAUACAGGAUUGGACAGAGGGAUGGUCUUAGUACGUUGGACAUACAAAAAAUCCGCAAAAUGUACCGAUGCAGUAUCAAACAGUGCAGCAAUCCCGAGCCACUUAUAAAUGGUAAAAUAGUAGGCCUUUCAGAGACUGGCAGUACCGAGGUCGGCGUGUCCAUUGUAUACUCCUGUAACUAUCCCGGUACUAUACUGGUCGGGCCCAGGAAGAGAUUCUGUAAAAUGGACGGUACCUGGUCAGGAUUUCAGCCCCAGUGUCUUAACCCAAAAGAAGGAUUCAUACGUUUUUGCUCCUUUGAUUCCAACAAUUUCUGCGGCUGGACGCAAGAUCCGCAAAACUCGGGAGACUGGAUACUUAAUAACAAAGGAACGGAGACUGAGAACACGGGUCCGACUCUUGACCACACGGCAGAGGAUCAUACAGGAUACUACAUUUACAUGGAAUCAUCUCGUAGAACAAAGGGAGAUAAGACCAGGUUACUCUCUCCACUCUUCCACAUAAAGAACAGCACAGGACGCAUGUGUUUAGAGUUGUAUUACCAUAUGCACGGAAAAACAAUGGGUUCCCUCAAUGUUUUUAUACAAAAUGAGGGUCUUACACAGACGUUCCAGUCUUUCUCGAUCUCUGGAGACCAAGGCUCUCAGUGGAAACACCUAGAAACCAACUUCACCAACCCAAACGUUCCCUUCAAGAUUGUACUGGAAGGAGUCGUAGGACCAAAUUUUCUGAGUGACAUUGGAAUUGAUGACGUCAUCAUCAUGGACUGUAGUCUCGGGCCAGGAGAUCAAACCAAAACCCAAGGAGUUUACAAGUGUGAUUUUCUCUCCGGAUUCUGUGGCUGGACACAGGAGACGACGGACAUUGCGUGGCAGAUUAACUCGGGGGACACGCCCACUAUCUUUACCGGGCCGGAAUGUGACCGCACGGAUUGUCAAAACGGAACAUAUCUUUAUAUAGAAACGUCUGGGACAAGUGCACCGGGAAGCGAAGCAACAUUGAGGUCCCCGUUACUCCAGAGGAGUGGAGACUACUGCCUAACCUUUUUCUACAGUAUGUAUGGGGCUGAUAUUGGUGAGCUUAGAGUAGAAAUAGAGGAUGGUGUCAACAAAUCUACAGAGUGGAUAAAACAAGGUGACCAAGGCAACGGGUGGCACAGUGCGAUGGUUCCAAUAUCUGGCCAGGGAGGCUUCUGGGUACUAUUUGUGGGAAAGAAGGGCUUUGGAUACCGUGGGGACAUUGCCAUAGACGACGUCACAAUUACAGAAAAUAAAUGCAAGGUUGAUGCCUCCUGUGACUUUGAUAGCGGUUUUUGUGGAUGGCAGAAUGAUGUGUUUGAUGACUUUGAUUGGUCAAGAAUGAAAGGGUCAACUGCCACACCUAACACCGGCCCUAGGGCGGAUCAUACGUCUACUGAAGGUUAUUACCUCUACAUAGAGAGCUCGGCGCCCCGAGUGACGGGAGACACGGCUCGUAUUUACUCCCCCUUCAUCACGAGCUACAACCCAGUGUCCUGCCUGGUCAUACAUUAUCACAUGUUUGGAGAGCACGUGGCACACUUACAUGUACUCCUAGUCACUAUUGAGGGCCAUGAACAAAGUAUAUGGAAGCAUUUCGGAAAUCAUGGCGAUGUGUGGCACAAAGCCACUAUCCAUCUCCCUCCAAUGCAAACCGACUAUCAGAUUGUGAUUGAGGGUGUUGUCGGGGAUUCCUACACCGGUGAUAUUGCAGUGGAUGACAUUUUAAUGUACCAAUCGUGUUAUUAAUGAAUAUUUGUGUCGGAAAACACUGCUUCUUUAC